AUGAGCGACGAAAUGAAAGUCGAUCCUACCAGAGCCAAGGAUUUAGUCGGAGCUUUACAAAGCGUCUCGCAGCGAAUUGCGAAGAGUGCUGGUGGGAGAAAUGUGAGAUUAGUAGCGGUUUCGAAAUUAAAACCCGCGACGGAUAUUUUGGCGUUGUAUCAGGAUCAAGAUGUUAAGCAGGUGCAUUUUGGAGAGAAUUAUGCGCAGGAACUGACGGAGAAGGCGAAGAUGUUGCCGAAGGAGAUUAAGUGGCAUUUUAUUGGGGGUUUACAGAGCAAUAAAUGCAAACCAUUAGCUUCCCAAAUCCCCAACCUGUUCUGCGUCUCCUCAAUCGACUCCUCCAAAAAAGCCACCCAACUAAACCUGGGCCGCGAGAGCCACCCCGAUCUCCCACCUUUAAACGUCCACAUCCAACUCAAUACCUCCGGCGAAGAAUCCAAAUCCGGCGUGUCUCCUGGCACUCCAGCGACCGAACUCUGUCAAUAUAUUCUCGAUAAUUGUCCUUCCCUAAACCUCUUAGGCCUCAUGACAAUCGGCGCGAUUGCGCGAAGUAAGGAAAUGAAAGAAGGGGAAGAGAAUGAGGAUUUUAAGGUUCUGAAAGACGAACGAGAUAGAUUGGAGAAAGAACUGAAAGGUCUAAAGGGCAAGCUCGAGUUGAGUAUGGGUAUGAGUGAGGAUUUCGAGGGCGCGAUUGAGAUGGGGAGUGAUGAGGUUAGGGUUGGGAGUACGAUUUUUGGAGUAAGGCCUAAGAAGGAGGAUUUUAAGGUUAAAGGAGAGGUUGAGGAGGAAAAGUCGUGA